AUGCCUGUCAUCCCCUCGGGUUCUGAUUUCCCAGCCCAACAAGGCAACAGCGACAACAACGCUCCAAACCAAGAGCAGAGGAACUCUGAUCAGGGAACUCAGAAAGCCACUAUGCUUGAUCACUUGUCCAAGGGUCCUCAAAUCCCCGACAGCAUGCCACCCAAAGUCCCAAGGGAAGAGAUCGAGGCACGCAUGAAGGAAUUGAAUAAAUAA